CAGACCUCGCCAGACGUCGUAGACAGAGAUAAUACUCGGCGUGAAGCUCCCCGCCAUCAGUUUAGCAAGGGCAUGGACGACUGCCACGGCGAAGCCCGCGAUCGCGGCGGCGACGACAUGGUGGUGACACUGGCGGAUGCCGAGCGCCUCGGCACGGCGUGCAUGAGCAGCAUGGCCCGCGGUUACUACCAGAGUGGAGCAGACGAGCAGCAGACCCUCGGCGAGAACACCCGGGCCUACCGCAGACUUCGACUGCUUCCUCGGAUGCUGCGAGACGUGAGCCGUCGGGAUCUGAGCGUUACGCUGCUGGGCGGCCGUGAACGGCUUUCCUUCCCGGUGGGAAUCGCACCCAGCGCCAUGCAAAAGAUGGCGCACCCGGAUGGAGAGGCAGCCACUGCUAGAGCUGCUCGCGACGCUGGCACGCUCAUGAUUGUCAGCACCAUUGCGACCACGUCGCUGGAGGAGGUGCGCGACGCGGCGCCGGAUGGCCGCCGGUGGUUCCAGCUGUACGUGUACCGGGACCGCGGCGUCACGCGCUCCCUCGUGCGACGCGCCGAGGAGGCCGGCUACUCGGCCCUGGUGCUCACCGUGGACACGCCUUACUUCGGCCAGCGGCUGGCCGACGUGAGGAACAAGCUCGCCCUGCCACCGGCACUCAAGAUGGCCAACUUCAACGAAGCGGACUUCCAGAAUGUGGUAUCAGCACCGGAUGGCGGUUCCGGCCUGUCGACGUACGCGUCUGCGCUUUUUGACCCUUCUCUGACGUGGACUGACGUGGAUUGGUUACGAAGUAUCACCCACUUGCCACUCGUUAUCAAAGGCAUCCUCAGAGGUGACGACGCCGUCGAAGCUGUGAAUCACGGCGCAGCCGCCAUAUUGGUGUCCAAUCACGGUGCCCGGCAGAUGGACGGAGAACCAUCAACGAUUGAGUGCCUGCCGGAAGUGGUGCGUUCGGUGGCGGGUCGAUGCGAGGUGUACCUGGAUGGCGGCGUGCGCUGCGGCACCGACGUGGCCAAAGCGCUGUGCCUGGGUGCCCGGGCCGUGUUCAUCGGCAGGCCUGUUCUUUGGGGUCUUGCCUACAAGGGCAAAGAAGGCGUCGACCAGGUACUGGCCAUUCUGCGGUCGGAGCUGGACCGCGCCAUGGGACUUCUGGGUUGGAAUUUCCAGCAGACCUGUUUGGAUGACAAAUGUAGCCUUAAAUCAAGGAAAGGUAAAUAGCAGUCAACAGGAAGCUCGUGAGUCACUAUUAAAAGUGGUUGCCGCACCACAUCCGAUCUGACGCCAGACCUCGUGGUUCGCGAAGAACGCUACUCCAAGCUCUGACUCGGUUUUUUUUUCUCAUACAUAUUUGAAUAUAAAAGCGAGCGUCAAAUUCGAUAAAGCCGAAAGUUGAACAUGUUGGAAUGGCAUACUUGCUAGUGGAAAGCGCAAUCAUACACGUAACGCAAAACAAGAAGCACACGGAGCGCUCAGUGUAUGUUCAUUUGUGUUGCAUGAAUUAUUGCGCUUCCUAUUAGCAAGAAUGUGAAAGCAACAUGCAUCUAUUGCGAUAACAGUUAUACGGACACUCCAAGGGCAUUUUACCAUCGACAUCGCCGUGAUGCUCCGUAUAAACUUCAAGAACGAUAACACCGUCGCCGCACGUCACGUGCUGCGUGUUCGAGUGAAAGCGUGCAAAAUUGACCUGCGAUCCUUAGCUCCCUUCACAUUACUUCACUUGUACGUAGAGUGCAAGGGGAGCCCAUGAUCGCGGUUCAACCUAACACACGCAAGGAGGAAAGUGGCAGGAAGUGCGCCGUCUUCCGUCGACGCUAGGUUUCAGAGAGAGGGGAGGGAGUGGGGGGAGGCGUUGUACUGCGCAUUCUGCAGCCGCGCUUGCCAUAUCUUGCCAGCGAUCUGCGUUGCGGGCAGUCUAGGUGCUUCGACGGCUCAUGCCUUCGUAGGUGCUGCGUUCUCGCCGCUCCGUUUUGGUCGAAGCGAUAGACAUCGCUUCGACCAAAAGGAGGCGUUACGCAAUCAGGGUGUAGACGAGCCGUAUGUAAAAAUACUGAAAGAUAUCUAUAGCAGCUCCACAGCCACCGUAGCCCUCCACAAAGAAAGCAACAAAAUCCCAAUAAAGAAAGGCGUCAGGCAGGGAGAUACGAUCUCUCCAAUGCUAUUCACAGCGUGUUUACAGGAGGUAUUCAGAGACCUGGAUUGGGAAGAAUUGGGGAUAAAAGUUAAUGGAGAAUACCUUAGUAACUUGCGAUUCGCUGAUGAUAUUGCCUUGCUUAGUAAGUCAGGGGAUUAACUGCAAUGCAUGCUCACUGACCUGGAGAGGCAAAGCAGAAGAGUGGGUCUAAAAAUUAAUCUGCAGGAAACUAAAGUAAUGUUUAACAGUCUCGGAAUAGAACAGCAAUUUACAAUAGGUAGCGAGGCACUGGAAGUGGUAAGGGAAUACAUCUACUUAGGGCAGAUAGUGACGGCGGAUCCGGAUCAUAAGACGGAAAUAUUCAGAAGAAUAAGAAUGGACUGGGGUGCGUUUGGCAGGCAUUCUGAGAUUAUGUACAGCAGGUUGCCAUUAUCCCUCAAGAAAAAAGUGUAUAAUAGCUGUGUCUUACUUGUACUCACCUAUGGAGCAGAAACCUGGAGGCUUACGAAAAGGGUUCUACUUAAAUUGAGGACGACGCAACGAGCUUUGGAAAGAAGAAUGAUGGGUGUAACGUUAAGGGAUAAGAAAAUAGCAGAUUGGGUGAGGGAACAAACGCGAGUUAAUGACAUCUUAGUUGAAAUCAAGAAAAAGAAAUGGGCAUGGGCAGGACAUGUAAUGAGGAAGGAAGAUAACCGAUGGUCAUUAAGAGUUACGGACUGGAUUCCAAGGGAAGGGAAGCGUAGCAGGGGGUGGCAGAAAGUUAGGUGGGCGGAUGAGAUUAAGAAGUUUGCAGGGACAACAUGGCCACAAUUAGUACAUGACCGCGGUUGUUGGAGAAGUAUGGGAGAGGCCUUUGCCGUGCAGUGGGCGUAACCAGUCUCAUGAUGAUGAUGAUAGACAGCACGAAGGUCACUUCACUAGCUGCAGCUGUUGCGCUUCCUCACUCCAUCGUUUUGACAGUGGGUGUCCGCGCUUAUCUAGUGUGAUGCGUUCAUGUUUGCCUGUGUGCGCUGAAAACACACUUGUUACUUUGGUUAGUAAGCGAAUGCUUGUAACUUUACACGGCCAAUAAAACUACUAUUCUUGCUUUGUA